AUGUAUGCAGCCAGGGAAAAUGACUCCUCCCACUGCAGAUUAGCUGACCCCACCCAAAGAACAGACUGUGGCCAUAAGUCUGGGGAUCAUCUGUGCAUCUCUAUAGACAUUUGGUGGGCUGACCUUAAUUUUUAUCUCUCUGCAAUGCCCUUCCUUGCUGCAAUUGAUUCUGGCAUAAUGGAGAUACCAUCAGACAAUGUCACAUUGCUGCCACCAUACAAGGAUUGGACAAGUUUUUGUUUUAAUGUUUCUAGCUGUCAUUCAUCCUUUCCAGAAGCAAUGAAAAAGUGGAAUGAAUUUUACCAGCAUUUAAAGUCCAAUUCUAGUAGUUUUGAUGACCUGCUGAAGUACUUAUGGGCUGCACAUGUCUCAUCCUUGGAGGUUGCUCAUAAAAAUUUUCACAACAGGUUAAGGUAUUAUUCUAAACAAGAAGCAGAUUUUGGAAGAAAUUGGGCUUUGCUUGUGGAUUAUUUAGCCCCACCCCUCUUUCCUACAACUUUGAUUAGAACUUAUGAAUUCCAGAAAGUUCUGCCCACACGAGUGCUUCUUAGUGGGGACCGAUCCCUCUUCAUCAGUGACUUUACUGGCUUUCAGAGAAGCGUCCUGCUUACUCUAAAUCUUUUGCACAUUGUGCAUAAGUAUACAGGAACACUGUCUUUCAUUGUAUGGAAAACUUUUAUGAAGUCAGAAAUUGCAAGAGAACUGUUUCUAGAGAUUUUGGAAUUCAUCCUUCACUACUUUAAUUAAGUACUUCUGGAAAUCUGUAAUAAAACAAAAAUCUACGAGAAUAAUUCCUUGAGAAAAAGUGUUCUCAACAAUUAGUCUUGCAUAUUUGCAUAAUUUUGUCAUG